CAGGAUGAAAUCGAACCAGAGAUGGCUGAAGCUCCGCACCACAGUCCAGCUAUCAGGGGCGCUCUCCUCCUCCAUGAACCGUACCAAGCCGCCCCUCAAGAGAGAAGACUCCUUCAUCAAGCGCUUCUCCACCAGGCAGAUUGCAGAGAUUCAGGACACGGUGGACCAAACAGACGAGGAGGACAUCAGCAAAAACUCCACAGGGUCUCCUAAGAUCCGUAAGAAGAGGAAGAAGCGACAACCCAGGACGGUGAUCAAUCCUUAUGGCAAUGUUUACUUCUACUGGCUGUGUGUACUGACCAUCUGUGUCCUGUACAACCUGUGGACGCCUAUAGUGAGACAGGCCUUCCCCGAGCUACAGCGGCGACCACAGCCUCUCUGGUACUUGUCAGAUGGGAUGACAGAUAUGAUCUUCCUGUUGGACAUCCUGAUACAGUUCCGCACGGGGUACCUGGAACAAGGCCUUAUUGUGUACGACUUCAAGAAGCUGGCCAAUCACUACAUGCAUUCCAGGAGCUUCAUGCUCGACCUCGUCUCCCUCUUCCCUUUAGAUAUUUUACAACUUUUGAUUGGGACUCACCCCAUCAUUAGAUUUCCAAGAUUUAUUAAGGUAUAUCGUGUGUACAACUACUACUAUAUGGUAGAGUCGCGUACGUUGUACCCCAACAUGUGGCGUGUGGUCAACCUUGUACAUAUUCUCCUCCUCCUGGCCCAUUGGUUCGGCUGCUUUUACUACAUGUUGUCUGAGGCUGAACACUUUAGGGGCGACUGGACCUACCCUUACCAUGAUCUUGAUUCAGAUUUCAAGACUCUGUCAAGAAAGUACCUCGGUUCAGUAUACUGGUCGACCCUGACGCUCACCACCAUCGGCGACCUUCCCACCCCAGAAACUAACAGGCAGGGUAACACAAGCCUGCAGCCGUUGCCCAGGUCAUUGGCCCUACUCGACCCCAGCUUCACUCGACCUGGCCACAUCACCGAGCAGGUAACAGAGAUGUCAAGGGCGAUGAGCCCGGCCAGGCCGGACCCGGGAGGCAUCACUAAGCUCGUCCCAGUGACACAGGGGGCCCCUGGGUUCUACCUUCACCCUGGGGGGAGCCCAGGGCCCCCUCGUAUAUCAACUGAGUAUUCCGAUGGUGAUGGUGGCGUGAGUCCGGCCCUCAGUCACCUAAUCCGAGCCAGCCCGUCCUUCAGCGGCCCGUCCAGCCCUGACCCGGCCCCUAGUGGGUCCAGCCAGGCCGAACCCAACAGUCCCCGAGCACUGCCCCGCCGAGGGCUCAAGUCUCGCAUACUGAGGAUCAAGACCAACGUCGGGUAUAUUUUUACUAUAGUAAGCUACCUCAUCGGUGUCUUCAUCUUCGCUACCAUUGUCGGUCAAGUUGGCAACGUCAUCACCAAUCGUAAUGCUAACAGACUGGAAUUUGAGAGAUUAUUGGAUGGAGCCAAGUUGUACAUGCGUCACCACAAGGUUCCCAGAGCCAUGCAGAGAAGAGUCCAGCGCUGGUACGACUAUUCCUGGUCUAGAGGCCGUAUACAGGGCGGAGGUGACAUCAACACUGCCCUGGGGCUCCUGCCGGACAAGCUCAGGACCGAACUUGCCCUCCAUGUGAACCUCCUCACGCUCAAGAAGGUAAGCAUCUUCAAGGAGUGCCAGCCUGAGUUUCUUCAUGACCUGGUGCUCAAGAUGAAGGCAUACAUCUUCACACCAGGUGACCUCAUCUGCAGAAAGGGAGAGGUUGCACGUGAGAUGUUCAUUAUUGCUGAUGGGAUCCUCGAGGUGAUAAGUGAGACUGGCAAAGUUUUGACAACAAUGAAAGCAGGAGAUUUCUUUGGGGAAAUAGGAAUUCUUAACCUAGAUGGCCUUAACAAACGAACUGCAGAUGUUAGAUCUGUGGGAUACUCAGAGCUCUUCAGUCUCUCAAGGGAAGAUGUUCUGAUGGCCAUGAAGGAUUAUCCAGAAGCACAAGAAAUCCUUCAAAGCCUCGGGCGCAAGAGAUUGAUGGACGCUCGGCACACCUCAAAGUCUGGGUCCUCUGGGUCCAGUAAGAGAGGUACUCCGUCACCUAACAAAGAUGGUGGUGUAGAGGAUAAGAUUGAUCCCUUGAAAAUUGUCAGUCGAAUAAAAUCAGAUGUUUCUGCAAUUAGAAAUGCCUUCCGGAGGAGUAAGGGCACAACUAAGUACAUGGAGACUCUGGAACAGGACAAUUUUACAGGAAGAAAAACGGACAAUGAGACCCUGGAGUUGGAGCACCUUACUGGCGAGAUCCACUCCAGCACCGAGGAUGACGCCCCAGCAGUCAAACGUAUACUGAAGGACCCAAACAGAAAGGAUAAGUCAACAGUCCUCAAGCGGGUAUCCUUCAGGAAGAUCAGUGGCAGCGGUCGUAGUGGUAGUGAUUCUUCUGGGGGAGGAGCACGAGGCGUGCUUAAGAGGAUGUCUCGAGUAACCAGUGAUGAGAUGAAUCAGACAAUCAGCCCUGGCCGGUUAUCUUCAAAUGAGGAGCCUCAGGGUCUCUUGGGUGCAGGGCUGCCACUACUGCAACGUCUAAAACUUCUCAAGGAAAAAGAGGAAAUUGAAGAUAAAGAACGACAAAGGUUGAAAGAGGAGGAGGAGGAGAAUGCCAAGUUAAAGAAACAGGAGCCACCAGAGCAGGAGGAAGAACCUGGGAUCAUAGGUGCUGGGUUGCCUCUUUUUGCUCGAUUGAGACUCUUAAAAGUUAAGGAGGAGAAGGAAAGAAUGGAGAGAGAAGAGAGAGAAAAGGCAGAAAGAAAUAAAGCAGGGGAACAACAAAAGGAAUCAACCACCAACAAACCUGAUGCUGCUCCCAAGAAAAUUACAUCACCAGUUACAGAUGGACCAGGAAAACUUUCUCCAUUCCAGCAAGAGACACAAGCCACAAAGGAUAAACCACAUACUGCUGAUGCAAAACCAAGACCAGCUGGGAUGCUCAAGGGUAAACUGAGAGCGGCAUUACUUACGUCAGCUGCGCCUCCAACAACGGGCACAGGAAAAGAAACACCAUCAGUAGCGGCAACACAACCAACAGCAGGACCAAGAAUAACACCCUCAAUGACAGUGGUAAGGUCACCUACAACACCAACUGGAUCGAUUGGAACCACUGCAGAAAGAGAAAAGAAAGAGGCAGAAUUAGAUGCCAAACAUCAGUUAAAGAGUCCCAUAAACGAUCUGAACAAAGGUGUUGAUACAAAAACAACAGAUGAUGCAGGUGGUGAGAAACUUGUUAAUAAUGGUAGCUCAGUUAUAUCAAAAGAUAUUCACUCAAACAGUAACAGUGUGCAAGGUGGCCAAGCCUUAGAAAGAGCUUUUGGCAAACUUUUAUCAAAGAAAUUAAACACUCCAUCAAAGGAAAGGACCAGUGUGGCUGCAUCUGAUAAGUCAGUUGUUGACUCCUCAAAACUCACAGAGAGUAAAGAUAAAAUUAGUAGGAGUGAUAGUUUUAAGAGAGCCAUGGAUGAAGGUCGCAUACGAAGUACAGAGGAACACGAUUUAAAUAUUAAACCUCACGAAAGUGUUGCUCCUAAGUUACAAUCAACGAGAGAGAGUGAUAGUGAAGAGGUAGAACAAGUUCAAGAGGACAAAAAAGUUGGGGAGAGUCAGAGUGAAAAUGAAGUUUCCCCAAUUAAUGAAGAGAAGCCAGUACUAGUUAAAAAGCAGAUUGAAAGCAUCAAGAAAAGUAGUGAUACAAUAUCAAAAUGUGAUACAGUUCCAAAGCCUUCAAGGACAGGGUCCAAGGAGAAGCAAGAAUCCCCUAAAGUUCUCCGGUCUCAGUCAACAGGUAGUGGAGUUGCAAUUCGUCAGUAUCAAAAAGUCGACUGUUUAAAGGUGCCUAGUGAUGAUGUUUCCCCACCACUCUCCUCACCAGAGAGUACUGAGACACCAGAGAGAAAAACCUUAAAGAGUAUUUUAAAACGUAUGUCUCGGGAGGACUCGCGAGGAAAUCUGUUACCCCCAGAUGGUGCUGACUUGCGGAAGCUUAUGAAGGCUCCAACAGUCGAAGGCUUUGUAGCGAGACGGUCAAAACUUAGUAAGACUGUGUCAUUCCAGCGGAAGACCCUGUCUUCUCCGCCUCCCCCUGCUCUUCUGGAUGAACUCAAGAACUCUCAGCAGCUGGAUACCUCUGGACACUCUGUUCCUGAAAUUCUCCCAAGCAGUGUAGUAUCACCAGCAGGAAAAGAUGUACUAAAGGUCGGGAUAACACAGAGCACCACCCACACAGACGGCGUCAACAAGCUCAUGGUCAAACUUGGAACAAUUGGCCUGGAUGGAGCACAGGAGACACAAGCUCAAGACCUAGUUUUAGGAGUCAGAAAGAUUCUCAGAGAUAAGAUGGAUGAUGUUGAGGUGGCAUGGGUGGCACGCGUAGAGGAGCUACAACAGCAGCUGGCAGACCGGGACGCUACCAUCAGACAACUUACACACACUAUCUCUGUAUUACAGGCGGGUGUGGGGAGCGAGGUCAUUGUCACUGAGAGCAGCCAAGUCAACGGAAGUGCAACAACCAGGUGCCCAACAAUUAUCAGGUCAUCCUCGUCUGAUGCCAGCAGCGAUGGCUCAGAUGACGAUGAGCCACUCUUUAUGAGGUGUAACUCCAUUGAAUCCAUCAUCCACCAGUCACCUGAGGGAUCUCCAGAAGGGAGACAUGUGCCACUGGGGACACGCCGAUCUUGGCCACAUCAGACAUCUGUGGAUCAGUGCCCACCCCAGCAGACUCGUCUAGCAAGAUCUCUAGAAGACUCUCGCGUACAUGGUGAUGUUACAUUAGAUAUUGGGUCUUCAACUGAUGAUGACAUAUGUUCUUUUUCAUCAGAUGAUGACCACAUUUUAUAUGGCAACAUGGGAAUUGGUGUUACAGAGACUGAACCAAAUGAUGCACUUGAUGAUGAACUGUCUGAUGGUUUGUUCCCUGAUGAAGAUGAAAUUGAUGAAGAUGAUGUAGAGUGUGGUGAGAGUGGAGAGGCAGAGUUAAACUCCCAAGAUUGGGAAGUGCAACUUUUGGCACGACAGUUAGCAGAAGAUCAGCGUGGCUUUGCACGUAAGGUAGAUAGAGAUAUUGCUGAAGGCCGUCUAGAUUCUGCUCUUGCAGAUCUUCAUGAGGCCUUGGCUACUGACAAUUUAGGGCCCCUCACAGAUGAAGACCUUCUUAGAUUAGAAAAGGCUGUGAGACGCGAACGAGAGAAACUACGAAGAUAUGCUCGCGUGUACAGCUUAGAUGAGAGGCCAUUACUUGAAGAUCAGUUUACAUCCUUAUAUCGCAGUCGAUCUCAACUUCUGCUUAAUCGUAGCUCAGAAUUAUGCCUUGCUGGACCUACCGAACGCCGCCUUUCAUUAUUGCUGGAACAACUAACCAAAAUGUCUCCAGCAGAACAGUUCCUAUUGGACCGCUUGGUAUAUACUACAGAUCGCAAGCGCAGGCUCUCCCGCCAGCGAUCCUUAUGUGAUGAGCAUCUUGCCUCAUAUAACACAGAUCGGAUACCAAUAAGCAAUAGAUCUAAUCGAUCCUUGGCCAAUCGGCGUUCAAUGAGUGUGUGUUCCCCGCCCCCUGGGACUGCUCCCCCGGCUCCCCUGAAAGAGGCCACUCUUGCUUCCCCCGGGCCGUUGAGGGAGCGCGGUCCUGGGGGUGAGAGUGGUCCACCUACAGUGUCAGCCAUGCUAGCUUCAUUGCAACGUUCUGUUGCAGCCAUUCGGGGGCGUGGUUCUGGCAACAACCAAAGCUCACAUAAAGAGGGAGCUCCUCUCUUAAAGCCAUAUAGGUAACGCCACUGCAGCAAUACAAUGGUCACCUGGCCAUUCAUUCUGAGUAAUAAACAACAGAAAGCAAUAGCAGUAUAAGCAUGCCUGUCUCUUGCUACUGCUACAAAGUAAUCGUGACAAUGUUUUGUGAUGAAUAUCAGUCUACUGGACUAAAAGUAACAAAGCACUUUUAUCAAUGCAUCUUUCUAUGUCUUUGAUCCCAGAAUUCAAACUUGUCUCAAACAAGACAGACACCAUGGAAUUAUAUUUUGUCAUAUUUUCACUUAACCAGCAGCAGCAGUUAGGAGAAUGCUGUUGCUAGUUAUAAUAAUGAUAAUGCUGCUUGCAUGCAGCUGUGUGCUUAGGUAGAUUAUCGUUUUUUGGAAACAGGUCAGACAUAUUCAAGUACAGACAUAAGGGUGGAACUCUGAACAUUGGCUUAACAUUGGCUUGGAAAAGCACAGCAUUGGAUUGCUCUAAAUUGGGGCACAGCUUUGAAAAUCCCCAGGACUUCGUUGUGAUAUUUUCAUUCUUCCAUAACAGAACAGUUUAGGGAAAUAUAAAAAAAUAUUUUCCUGUGACUGACAAUGAACAGUCAGUGACAAAUUUUGUUUCCUGGUUCUAAAGUUUUUAACAAGAAUAACAGUAGUAUGAAUAUUUAAUUAACCCUCAUCCAAAAUAUUGUUGUAUUUAAAGGGGAAAUUAGUAGAUAUCUGUAAGUGAAUAUGGAUCCACACUGGUGCCAUUAGUUAACACAACACUGUUUUCUACUUAUUUCUUUAUGUGGCCAAAAACUAUCCUCAUUGUACAUAAUGUGGCCACAAGAAACAAAUGAAACUGAUCCCAGUGAAAGGAAAUAUUUAAAAUUAAUAAGACCAGUUGUGCCUGCCUUUAAACGAUUAUCUAGCCUACAACUGUGCCAGCCACAUUAGCUUCCUAAUAUUUCGCACUUCUAAGCUUGCAUUAUAUUAUUACAAGUCUAUAUUCACAUACCAUAUUAUAAAGACUGAAUACAAAUGAACUGAAAGAGAAAGGCUCGGGCAACAAGACAACAAUCCUAUGUAUCACCUGUAAAUCUAGCAUGUUAUUUAAUACAUUCUCAUCCUUAUUAGAAACAUUUUGACAGUGUCCAAGAUUCUAGUUCUUCCUAGUUCAUUUUACUACAUGAUGCUUAUAUUAUACAUGCACCUUAAGUGGUAAAACCUGUAUGCUGAAGCUAAUAGCUUAACAUUUGUAAGCAAUUUAACUUAUAUAGGUCAAAUGUUAAACUUUUCAUAGACUCGUCAAAAUCUCUCCUGUUGGUAUCUUGUUACCUAUGAUAUAUUACAACCAAGUUGAUGCAUUAUAUGGAUUUGGUAACAUUGAAAGUUAAUUGUAAAGAAUCAUGCAUCAUUACACUUACGUACAUAUAUGUGCAUGCAAGUUAGCAUGCGCACAUUCAUACACACGUAUUCAUACAUACUGUAAAUAACUGCAUAUACUGUAAAUAUGACUCACAGAAUCAUUAUAUAGCCCAACUUAUCCACGAUUAAUUUUCUAAAAGUAACAUGCAUGCAUUCAUAAAUAAUAAUUACAACAUUGCAUAAAUUUCUUUUAUAGAUUGACACCUGUGUAUUCAAAUACCUUUGUUAUGAUCUAAGUGGCCAUUAAUUCAUAUGCAUAUUUUUGUAAUGCAAACUUUAAUAAAACCCGUUUCAUCCUACUUAUUUUUUAAAAUUUCUUGCACUUGCGUUCAGUGUAUUGUAUGUACAUGUGUGUUUGUGUGUGUCUGCAUAUGUGCACAUAUCUAUACACACAUCCACACACACACACUGUACAUGUACUGUAGAUAGAUAUGCACACAUGCUCUUAGGUAUAACGUAGUUGUUCACAUAUAAUAAAUGUUUGCCUUCACACACAAAUAUUGAAUACAAUACUGUAUACUUUACCUGCACAGUACACACACACACACACACACACACACACACACACACACACACACACACAGGCACACACAGGCACUAAUGCAGACAUUUGGAUAAUUUGCAUCUUGCACUAUACAUAUACACAAAUGCAUAAAU